UAAACAUACGACUGCCUUGCCCUCACGUUUUCUCGCCCAAAUUCAUUUCGUAUAUACGUAUGUUCGCGUGUCGUAACACCCCACUUCUCCACGAUUUCUCUUCAACCACACCACAAUCUUUCGUAGAGACGACGACGACGACGUCGACAAACAGACUGGUACAGGCGCAGCAGCAGAUCAACGACGACACUCUUGCCAUCCUCUGCUCCUGCUGCUGCUGCUGCAUGCACUCACGCUGCUCCCCUCCUCCAUCCCUCAUUUAGUCCUGUCCUCUACACAUACAUACAUAUAUAUAUAUAUAUUGAUUGAUAGCUGCCUGCUGCUCUCUGCACUCCCCCGCUGGGCCUGUCGCCUUCCCUACCCCUCUCUUCAAUUUAAAAUCUUUGGUACCAAACGAUGAGACGCUCUGACUUUACCCUUGGACGUUAAUUCGAUUGCGCGAUUUUUGGUUCGAUCAAGGGUUUCUGAUUUCUUCCUGGAUUUGAGUUAGGGUUUAGGAAACGGGGAUUCUGAUUGCAAUAUUAGGAAAUGGGGUCGAAUAACUGCACGAACGAGGCGUGCCGUGGAACGACGUUGUCCGAGUGGAAGAAAGGCUGGAGCUUGAAAUCCGGCGGAUUCGCCACACUCUGUACCGCCUGCGGCUCAGCGUACGAGAAUUCGAUGUUCUGUGAAACUUUUCACUUGGAGGAAUCCGGUUGGAGAGAAUGCAGAGUAUGUGGAAAGAGAAUCCACUGUGGUUGUAUUGCAUCGAGACAUCUGCACGAAUGUAUGGAUUUCGGAGGGGUUCGGUGCACCAACUGUACUAAGCCUUUGGAAGUACAUCCGGUGCACCAAUCGAUUCAGAUUCCAUGCAACAUACCCAGCGACGCAAUUGUUGCAAAUGCUGUUCAAGACAUUCAUCCUGUAGUUUGUGAGGAAAAAAUCGAUGGGGACAAGUUUAGCACUGAGAAGCUACUGCAACUGACGAAGGUGAUCAGCACCAACAACGCAUGUUCGGCAUUCGAGCAAUAUAAACAAGACGACCCCAUUUUCAAAAUUAUGCAGAGCAGCAAAUGCCCUGCGACUCUUCCGGAACAGCAUUCUGCUCCAUCCCUUCUUAAACCUGACAACAGCAAGCCAAAAGAUGGGGUUAAGGGUAUGUUCGAAUCUGCAGCUCAACGAUCAAUAAAUUUUGCUCGGGUGAAUCCAUUAGGUUGUUCUGGAAUCGGGGUACCUUUUCCAAGCGGAAUUAACAAAGGCAGUGGACAGAGCAAGAGUUCUUCACCACUAGACCAAAAAGAAUGUCAUAUUAUGCCGAAGCUGCCCAAACCCAGCUCCCCAAUAGUUUCAGAAAUAAAUAAAGGAGCCGUUUCACAGGUACGUGUCGCCAGACCUCCGGGGGAAGGGCGCGGCCGCAAUCAGUUACUACCUCGGUAUUGGCCGAGGAUCACUGACCAAGAACUGCAGCAGUUAUCUGGAGAUUUGAAAUCAACAAUCGUGCCGUUGUUUGAGAAAAUUCUGAGCGCUAGCGAUGCGGGGAGAAUUGGUCGCCUCGUCCUUCCGAAAGCCUGUGCUGAAGCCUACUUUCCCCCUAUAAAUCAAUCGGAAGGCAUACCGAUACGAAUUCAAGACAUAAAGGGAAAAGAAUGGACAUUUCAGUUUCGGUUUUGGCCAAAUAACAACAGCCGUAUGUAUGUGUUGGAGGGUGUUACUCCGUGCAUCCAAAAUAUGGAUGUACGAGCUGGCGACACAGUGACGUUUAGUCGGAUAGACCCUGGCGCUAAGCUUGUGAUAGGCUGUCGGAAGGCACUGAAUAACGGAGAAGGGCAGGAUGCACAGACAACCACUUUGCCAAACGGCGAUUCUGGGGUGGACAUGUCGCUUUCAGGCAUCGCUAAGCAUAUACCUGUCGUGGAUAAGAAAAAGGCCCGAAACAUUAAAAACAAGAGGCUUCUCAUUCACACAAACGAUGCUAUGGAGCUAAAAAUUACAUGGGAAGACGCCCAGGAGUUGCUUCGUCCGUCUCCCACUUCGAAGCUGUCCGUUGUGAUGGUCGAGGACCAUGAAUUUGAGGAAUUCGAAGAACCUCCGGUUUUUGGAAAACGCACAGUCUUCACUUCCCGGCCUUCAGGAGAAAAGGAACAGCUGGCGCAAUGCGACAGUUGUUUGAAAUGGCGAAGAUUGCCUGUGCAUGCUCUUCUUUCGGUAAAGUGGUCGUGUGCCGACAAUAAGUGGGACUUAAAAAGGUGUUCAUGUUCGGCUCCAGAGGACAUAAAUCCAAAGGAUCUGGAGAACAUUUGCAGUAUUCACAAGGAUUCGAAGAGACGGAAGAUUUCGUUUGACAAUCGGGUACCGAAAGCGGGAGAGCCUUCCGGGUUGGAUGCCUUGGCGACCGCCGCAGUUCUCGGCGACAAUUUAGGCGACGCCGCAGCGGAGUCGUCGGUCGUGGCCACGACCCGGCAUCCUCGACACCGACCCGGCUGCAGCUGCAUCGUGUGCAUUCAGCCGCCGAGCGGGAAGGGGAAGCACGAGCCGACGUGCAAGUGCAACGUCUGCCUGACCGUGAGGCGCCGUUUCAAGACACUGAUGAUGCGCAAGAAGAAGCGGCAAUCCGAGCGCGAGGCGAAUAUGAGUAUGAAUAUGAACACCCCAAAAAACGAGACGGAUUUGGACGAGGAGGCGAAGAAAGGACAGAAGCUCGACUUGAACUUUUAUCCUCGACGCGAACAGAAUGCGCCGAUGAACUCGGAAAAGGACGCCCCGCCGAGCAUGGGGCCUUCGCCGCCGUGAAUUGUCGGCGGCCGAGUCUCGGAGGCGUCGCCGACGGUUGAUGUCGAGAUGGUUUUGGGGAAUAGAUUAUACUGUGAUUAUUUCUACUUAUGAUAUACAUACACUAGUGUAAUGUUGUUUCCUUGUUUGUUUUUGUCACAGCGCCCUUUGUGAGAUUUUUAACUUCAAUUUUUUAUAUACUAAAAAAUUCUUAUAGGUUUUA